GAGAUACUACGUGGACUGUAGGUCAGUUUCUUGAAAACCAAAGUGUGGAAGCCGUUCCCACUUCAUGGAUACAAGGGGAGUAUUGUCAUUGGCCACCCUACACACAAGACAGAGUGUGUAAUGCUAUAAAAAAAUGUGAAGGACUAAAUACUUGUUGGCCUCGACAUUCCGUAAAAAUUUUUCUAAAUGCAACGUGUGAUCAAUAUGGAACUGCACGACAGAAAGCCAAACUAGCAGAAGUGACCAGUGAUCUAAACUCUGGAAAUGAAUCACAAGAGAAAAGAAAGAGGAAGCGUAUACAAAGAUUAGUCUCCAGUUCAUCCGAUGAUUCAACUACAAAAAAAAAAUCCAAACUACCACCACGUCCAAAAAUGACAUUGUCACUAUCACCAGGAUAUCAGUCACAUAAUACUGAUCAGUCUGUUGAUGACUGUGAAAUGCAACAACCAUCAAAACUACCAUGUAGUUUAUCACAUUCAAAUGGUGAUGAACCACGAAAUAUCACACAAUCUUGUAAGAAACGGAGCAGCGGUUUUGGGAAAACUCCGACUUCAGGCGAUUUUUAUGUAAAUACAGCCACUACAUCAUAUGAUGAAGUUAUACAUGAUUCACCCAAAGAUGACGGAAGAGGCUGCUGUUUACAACGUGAACACAGUUUAUUAAGCGAAAUCAAAACCCAAAAUCAUAUGAUUCGCUGUAUGCUGGCUGAUGUUCUUAAGGAACUGCGUGAUCUCAAGAAACCAGAACGGGACUCCACAAUCGCCCAAUCCAUUUUUGUAAAAUAUAAUAUUGAAUUUCCAAUUGCAAACGAUGAGGAUUUGAAUUCCUUUGAAGAAGAAGUAAAAAUAGAGGAGCACUUUAUUGAGGCAGUGAAUGAACUGGCAAAGUUCGGGGGUGCAAACCCUUAUAAUUUUAUUAAAAGAACAACAUCAAUGUUGAUGAAAGACACAUUACUUGUGAGCUACAGUUGGCUGGGGCGAAAAGGCAAAAGGCCAUUCUAUCAAUUAAACAUCGCAAAGUUGUUGAUCCGCAAGUAUUUGAUAUAAUUGUAAUUAGGUACCAACUAACGUUUCAUUUUUAUUGUUUAUAGAAGCU